AUGAGAGAAGUUAUCUCAAUCCAUAUUGGUCAAGCUGGUGUUCAAGUCGGUAACGCUUGUUGGGAACUCUAUUGUUUGGAGCACGGUAUUCAACCUGAUGGUUUGAUGCCAUCCGAUAAGACUAUUGGUGUUGAAGACGAUGCUUUCAAUACCUUCUUCUCUGAGACUGGUGCCGGCAAGCACGUCCCAAGAGCUGUCUUCCUCGAUUUGGAACCAACCGUUGUUGAUGAAGUCCGUACCGGAACUUACAGACAACUCUUCCACCCAGAACAAUUGAUUACUGGUAAGGAAGAUGCUGCCAACAAUUAUGCCAGAGGUCACUACACCAUUGGUAAGGAAAUUGUUGACUUGUGCUUGGACAGAAUUAGAAAGUUGGCCGACAACUGUACUGGUUUGCAAGGCUUCUUGGUCUUCUCCUCUGUCGGUGGUGGUACUGGUUCUGGUUUGGGUGCCUUGUUGUUGGAAAGAUUGUCUGUUGACUAUGGUAAGAAGUCCAAGUUGGGUUUCACUGUCUAUCCAUCUCCACAAGUUGCAACUGCCGUUGUUGAGCCAUACAACUCUGUCUUGUCCACUCACGCCUUGUUGGAACACACUGAUGUUGCUGUCAUGUUGGACAACGAAGCCAUCUAUGACAUUUGUAGAAGAUCUUUGGACAUUCAAAGACCAACCUACACCAACUUGAACAGAUUGAUUGCUCAAGUCAUUUCCUCAUUGACUGCUUCAUUGAGAUUUGAUGGUGCUUUGAACGUUGACGUUACUGAAUUCCAAACUAACUUGGUCCCAUACCCAAGAAUUCACUUCAUGUUGUGCUCUUAUGCUCCAGUCAUUUCUGCUGAGAAGGCUUACCAUGAACAAUUGAGCGUUGCUGAAAUUACCAACUCUGCCUUUGAACCUGCAAGCAUGAUGGCCAAAUGUGACCCAAGACACGGUAAAUACAUGGCUUGCUGCUUGAUGUACAGAGGUGACGUUGUUCCAAAGGACGUUAACGCUGCUGUUGCCACUAUUAAGACUAAGAGAACCAUUCAAUUCGUUGACUGGUCACCAACUGGUUUCAAGUGCGGUAUCAACUACCAACCACCAACUGUUGUUCCUGGUGGUGACUUGGCUAAGGUUCAACGUGCUGUCUGCAUGAUUUCCAACUCUACUGCCAUUGCUGAAGUCUUCUCCAGAAUUGACCACAAGUUCGACUUGAUGUAUGCUAAGAGAGCAUUCGUCCACUGGUAUGUCGGUGAAGGUAUGGAAGAAGGAGAAUUCUCUGAGGCCAGAGAAGACUUGGCUGCCUUGGAAAAGGACUAUGAGGAAGUUGGUACUGAAUCCCACGAGGGUGAAGGUGAGGACGGUGAAGGUGCUGAAGAUCAAUAA